AUGGUAUUGAUAAAGCUACUGCUAAUGUAUGCAGUAAGUAGAGCAUAUUAUCCAGGUGCAAGAUGGGGUAUUACAAGAAGACUUAUUGCUUCAUCACUUCAAGAGAAGAGUAUUUAUCUUCCAACAGUUAAGACUGCUGAAGUAUUGACUGAAUCUACUUUAUAUGCUGCAUGGAAUCCUGAUUUCCUUCUUUCUGUUCUUUUAGGUAAUCAAACAGCUACAUGCCAAACACUUGUAUUUAAUUUAACAUGGUCAUGGGUUGUUUCACUUAGAGGAUUAAGAAAGAGUACACUUGAUGUUAUUCCAAUUCCUAAUGCUAAUUCACUUGGUUAUGCAGGUACUAAUGCAGGUACUGUUGCAAGUGGAACAAAUAAUACUAUGAUUCCUGCUUCAAUGACUGUUGAUAAUAAUGCUGGAGUGGUUACAGUUAGUAAUCCAGUUUAUACUACACAAGUACAAAAUACAGGAGGAGUUACUUCUGUUUCUAAUAAUUCAUGGACUGUUGAUGCACUUAAGAUGUAUUUGAAUGAGGUUAUGUAUAAUAUAGGUGUUGGUAAAGUUGAUGCUAUUUUAUUUGAUGUUAAUAAUGUACAUGUUCUUCCUCAAAGUACUGCUUCUACUGCUAUUAAUAUUCCAGCUGGUGCAGCUACUCAGUUGUCUUGUGUUAUGAUUGCAUUUGGAACUGCUAUGACUAUGGGUAAUGGUGUUACUGGUUAUAAUUUCAGUGUAUUUAUUUGUGGUAAUGGUAAUGAUGCUCAACAUGUAAUCAAUGUUGCAACUGAUAACAAUACUCUUGUUGUUUAUUCUGCGCCAUUUAGUGUUUAUGGAGUUAAUCUUCCUAAUCAAAGUGGAGCUACAGCUGAAUCUGUUGUUACUACUGCCUUGUUAACUACUGUAGGAAGUACUACUACUAAUUCACCAGCUAUUAUGUAUGCAAAUACUGCUACUGGAGCUGAUGCUGCUGUUGAUGUUGCUGCUGGUAGUGUUUUAACUGUUAGUGGUACUUAUCAAGCUUCUGUUGCUUAUCCAGUUGUUAAGGCAUUACAAAGCUUUGUUACUGGAGUUAAUAGUAAUGAUGGACAAGCAUUAUUAGAAAAUUAUUAA